AUGGCCGCCGCAGAGACGCGCAGGCUGCUUGAGCAGCUUAUGGGCGAACAGCUCAUGAGCGGAACCGACCAGCGCGCGCCCCAACUAAACAUCAACGACACCAAGGUCUGUCGCUCCUACCUUGUAGGCAACUGCCCCCAUGACCUCUUCACCAACACCAAGAACGAACUGGGUCCCUGUUCCAAGGUGCACAACGAGGCGCUCCGGACCGAGUACCAGGAGGCAGACGCGGAACAGAAGCGCAAAUGGGGAUUCGAGUUUGACUACAUGCGCGACAUGCAGCAUCACAUUGACAGCUGUAAUCGCAAGAUAGACACUGCCCAGCGCCGCCUGGAGAAGACGCCUGAAGAGAUCAGGCAGACCAACGCUCUUCUCAAAGCGAUCAACGAACUGACCAAAUCGAUCGACGCCGGUAUGCUCGAGAUCCAAAUCAUGGGCGAGGAAGGCAUGGUCAACAUGGCCGUCCAAGAGUUCACCAAGGUCCGUUACAAGAAAGCCGAGAAGGAGGAGCGCGAGAGGGAGCUUCGGGCUCUGUCAGACACCGGAGGUCCAUCUGGACAUCAGAAGCUUCAAGUUUGCGACGUAUGUGGUGCGUAUCUCAGCCGUCUUGACAAUGAUCGGCGUCUAGCAGACCACUUCUACGGAAAGAUGCAUCUCGGCUACGCUCAGAUGCGCAAGUCCUACGAAGCCCUGACCAAGGAGCUCAAGGACCGCCAGCCACCCCGCAAUUCCUACGCUCCCUCCGGCGGCGACAUGGACCGAGGCGGCGGUGGAGGUUGGGGAGGAGGUGGUGGUGGAUACGGUGGCGGUGGCUUCCGUGGUGGACGAGGAGGUCGUCGCGGAGGCAGAAGAGGCGCUUGGUAA